AGAAAAUCAGAAACGAGUUUAAUUAUUUAAAUAAAACGAAGAUGAACUUAACCUAUAUAGAAUAAAAAAAUAAAAAAGAAGAAAAGUAUAACCUACAUUUUUAACCUCACAUGUAGUUUUAUUAUUAUUUUUUAGUUUAGAAAUAUGGGAAAUAAACGAGAAAUAAAAAGCAGUUUAAAAAGAAAUUCAGUUGAAGAAGAAACUUAUGUUAACAAUGAAGUAGAAUCUGAUGAAGAUGACGAAUUAUUGAAUGUUAUAAACGGUGAAGACGAAGACAGUUCAGACGAUGAAGCAAAUGAUGGCUCUGAAAAUGAGUUAUCCAGUGAAGAGGAUGCUGGAGGGGAAACAGAUGAAGAUUCUGAUGAAAAUGAUGCUGAUAGUGAAGAAAACGAUCAAGAAUCUGAAGACGAUGAUGAGGAAAACGAUAGUGAUGAAGAAAAUGAAAGUGGUGAAGAUGAUGAAGAGAAUAAAAAUAGUGAAGAUGAUGAAGAGAAUAAAAGUAGUGAAGAUGAUGAAGAGGCAAGCAAAUUUAGUGAAUGUUCAAUAAAGAAAACCGAAAGUUACAAUGGAGUUAAGAAACUUAAAAACAAAAAUAAAUUAGUUCCUAGUAAAAAAUUACCAGCUGUUACAAAAAGUGAUGAAUAUGAAGAAUUUGAUAGUUCAGAUGAAGAAGAUAUAAGAAAUACUGUAGGAAAUAUUCCAAUGAAUUGGUAUGAUGAAUAUAAACAUCUAGGAUAUGACUGGGAUGGCAACAAGAUUAUUAGACCUGAAACUGGUGACCAACUGGAUGCUUUUCUUAAGAGAAUGGAGGAUCCAGAUUUCUGGAGAACAGUUAAAGAUCCACAAACUGGACAGAAUGUUGUUCUAAGUGAAGAAGAUAUCAAUUUAAUCAAAAGAAUAAAGGCUCAAAAAAUUCCUGAUGAGACAUUCGAUGAAUAUGCACCUUGGAUAGAGUGGUUUACAAGUGAAGUAGAACAGAUGCCUUUGAGGAAAUUUCCAGAGCACAAAAGAUCAUUUUUGCCAAGCAAACAUGAAGCAAGAAAAGUAUCGAAACUGGUUCAUGCUUUAAAAAUGGGAUGGAUUAAAACUAUGGCCGAAGCAGAAAAACUUCGAGCCAAAAAAGAGCCUCAAUUUUACAUGCUGUGGCAAACUGAUGAUAAAGCAGAGGAGAUGAGACGCAUUUAUAACCAUAUAUCAGCUCCCAAAAGGUUGUUACCAGGCCAUGCUGAAAGUUACAAUCCACCUCCCGAAUAUCUGUUUGAUGAAAAAGAACUUAAACAAUGGAACAAAUUGAAAAAUGCACCUUGGAAACGAAAGUUGCACUUUAUCCCUGAAAAAUAUGAUUCUCUUAGAAAGGUCCCAGCUUAUCCUAGAUUCAUUAAGGAAAGAUUUUUGAGAUGUUUAGAUCUCUAUUUAUGUCCGAGAGCUAUAAAAAUGAAAUUAAAUAUUGAACCUGAAUCUUUGGUACCGAAAUUACCCAGUCCCAAGGAUUUGCAGCCAUUUCCAACUGUUUUGGCUAUUGAAUAUAAAGGUCACACUGAUAUGGUCAGAUCUAUAAGUACAGACAAGACUGGUCAGUACUUGCUAAGUGGGUCGGAUGAUUGCACUAUAAAGAUUUGGGAAGUCAAUACUGGUAGGUGUUUGAAGACUAUAAAAACAGACAGCGUUGUAAGAUCAGUUGAAUGGUGUCCUAAUGCAGCCCUGUCACUCGUUUUGGUAGCCUCUGGACAAGAAGUAAUGCUCAUUAAUCCUAAUGUUGGUGACUUCUUAGUAAACAGCAAAACGGACGCGGUUCUACAAGAAGUUCCGAAAUCAGACGUGGUCGUUCCAGACAGAGUCCGUACGACCAUCCAGUGGAGCGAACCCGAUUCAGAACAACACCAACGAGGCGUCCGAUUGAUUUUGAAGCACUUUAAAGAUGUAUCCCAAGUCACAUGGCACGGUAAAGGCGACUAUUUCGCUACAGUGAUGCCGGAUGGUCAGAAUCGUUCGGUGCUGAUUUCCCAAAUAUCCAGAAGAAGAUCGCAGUUGCCAUUUACUAAAUCAAAGGGAUUGGUUCAAUACGUAUUGUUUCAUCCUACGAAACCAUUUCUGUUUGUAGCUACGCAACGGCAUGUCAGGAUCUACGAUUUAGUGAAGCAAACUCUACUGAAGAAACUUUUAACGAAUUCUAAAUGGAUUUCAUGCAUGGCGAUUCAUCCUUUAGGCGACAAUUUAUUAGUUGGAACCUACGAUAGAAAGAUGUUGUGGUUCGAUUUGGAUUUGAGCACGAAACCGUAUCAAACGUUACGUUUGCAUGGUACGGCCGUGAGAGGAGUCGCUUUUCAUAAGCAUUAUCCCUUAUUCGCUUCUGGUUCAGAUGACAGGAGUUUGAUAGUUUCGCAUGGGAUGGUUUACAACGAUUUGUUGCAGAAUCCUUUGAUUGUGCCGUUGAAAAGGUUGCAAGAUCACGAGGCUUUUAAUGAUUUUGGAAUAUUCGGCGUUGUGUUUCAUCCGCUGCAACCGUGGGUGUUUUCUUCUGGUGCCGAUGGGACUAUAAAGUUGUAUAAUAAUUAAGAUUGUUUUUAUAAUGGAAAUAAAUUAAUUUUAAACGAAGUUUUAUUUUAAAAUAUAUUGUAAUGGUAAAGGAAAAAAGGGAAUUUAAUUUGAAUUAGAAAGAAAUUUAGUGACAGGUCUGCUAACUUAAAAUUAUUGUAAAAGUUCAAAAUUAAUAAAACUGAUAACCAAUAUUUUGAUAAAAUACUAUCUAUAGUCAAAAUCUUAUCUUAAAAGGUUUUAUAAAAACGUUUAAAAAAAAAUUCACACAAAAUUUUGUAUAAUUAAUUUAUUUUUAAGUAAUUUAAUUCCAAAGGUUUCUAUUGGAUAAGCAAUUUCUUGGAGACAUUAUAAAAAUUUAAAUAUCGUUAUUAUGUCCAAAAAAAUGGUUGAAGUCGAUAGUGUGAUCCUGAAAAUGAAAAGAGUAGUAGAUCCACAAAAAAUCAAUUUGUUAUAGUCAAUUGAAUUUAAAAAUAAAUAGUAACUACUUAAU